AUGCUCGCCGGACCGCCCCGCCUGCUGUCCUUCGUUUCCGUCGUAGCUCUCGUAGCCCUCGGCGCGUGGUACUUCCGCGUUACAUCUUCCUCGCCCUCAAACUCGCAUAUCCCCGGCUUCGAUCACCCGUCCGCACAAUAUCCCUCAAGUUCGACAACAAAAAACCGCGACCCGCUCGAUUUUAGCAUACCGCUGCGAUUCACUGAAGGGGUCGCGAAACCAAAGGGGGAGAACUAUAGCUAUGUGGUCGUCGUGGGGAAGAUGAAGGACGAGGAGCUGAGGUGGAUGGAGGCGGAUUUGCCGGGCGUGGACGUGGUGGUGUAUGAGGUGGAUAAUCCCAAGGCGCAGAGGAAGAUUCCGAAGAAUAAGGGGAGGGAAGCUAUGGUCUACCUCACAUAUCUGAUUGACAACUAUAACAAGCUACCCGACACUAUCAUCUUCAUGCAUUCCCACAAGCACGCAUGGCACAACAACAUGCUCAUGGGCCUCGACGCCGCCCAGAUGAUCAAACGCCUCAACCACGACCGCGUCCACCGCAACGGCUACAUGAACGUUCGCUGCCACCACGAGCCCGGCUGUCCGGACUGGAUCCACCUGGACCGCCCCGGCGGCGACCUCGACUUCUUCCUCAAGCCCGAAGAAAUCUACAUGCGCCGCCACAUCUGGGAGCAACUGCACCCGGGCGCACCCAUCCCGUCCUCGCUAUCCGGAAUCUGCUGCGCCCAGUUCGCCGUGUCCCGCGACCGUAUCCGCCAGGUCCCCAUCGAACGCUUCCACCACUAUCGGAAUUGGCUGCUGAAGACGAGUAUGGAUGAUCAGUGGUCCGGCAGGGUGUUUGAGUAUAUCUGGCAUUACAUCUUUACGGGACACGAGGUUUAUUGUCCGGCGAUGAAUACGUGCUACUGUGACGGGUAUGGCUUUUGUUUUGGCGGCCGGGCCAAGUUCGCCGACUUCUUCAAUAUGCAGAAUGAAAGGAAUAAGCUGAAUGAGGAGCUGCGCAACAAUUACCUUGAGAAAGAGGAGAAGGCAAGGAAGGAGAAUAAACCGCUGCCCGAGUGGAGUGAGAAGGACAGGGCGAGGAUGAAGGAGUUACGGACGAAGAUUGGCGAGAUGGAUGUGACGAUGGAUAAGUUAAGGAAUGAGGCUUUGGAGAGGGGGAAGGAUGAGAAGAUGAGGAAGGAGGAGACGGAGAGUUGGGAUAGUGAGGGGAUCGAGGAGUAUUUGCCGGGCAAGUCCAAGGGCCCGCCGCAGGAUUAG